CGUGAGCACGCUUCGAUAGCAAAGCAUUUGGCUAACUAAUCGAGACAAUUUGAACGAGAGACGAGGAGCGAAUGCUGGAGUUGUUUCUCCGGCGAAACAGUCGAUCGAGGUCGCUCGAGAUUUUCGAAUUCGCGGGCUCCUCUGACUCGGAAAGUAGUUGAAAAAGCACGAGCUAGAAUCGUCAAUUACUCUUGUUUUGUUGUAUUUUUUUUCGAGGCCUGUUUCGGAGCCAAUUUUAGUCACGGAAUCCGAUUUUUCCUUCGCUUCGUUUGAAACUUUUUCGCUUUUGUCCGUCAAGAGAUCGCGUGCGCGUUCCAUGACCGCGUCCAGCAAGUCUUCGGGCCGUCUGCGAUCGCCUCUCCGGCCAGCCUCUCGUCAAUCAAACCCGCCGGUUUUAUCGCAUCCUCCAGAAAGCUUGAAAGCCUCGAUAAGCUCCCUAUCGCGAAAGAAUCUCGCGAUAGGGUGCUGCGCACGGCGAGGGCCAGAGGAAGCGAGACCGAGCAGCAGGUUUAUUGUCCAGACACAGUUUUUGUGCUGACGUUCCCGGAAGCCCGUGCUCUAUCAGUCUGGAGAACGAGGAGCGACGAAGGAACGCUGAACGAAGCUUUUUUCUACUACUUUUUUCCGAAUUCCUCGGCGCCCAUCGAGCACCGAUUACGAGACACUCGCGUGACGUUGUUACCGCGAAAACAACUGCGAGAACACUCCGAGAAAAAACGUUGAAUCUUUCCGAAGAAGUUACAGCAGCGGGAAAAUGCAUUUUUCCAAAAAUUCUCCACCAACUCGAGCCCAAACUGCCCUGCGAACGUGAAAAGGGUGCGAAGUGCGAUUAUUUUUUCCGAAUAAUUGUCCCGCGAUAACGAAGCCCCGGUACCAGGAACAAUGGGCUCCCAAUUUGGCCUCUCGCAUUAUCGGAGCAAUUGUACGAGCCACACGAGCGUUGAAAACGCGUAGAGAAUCCUCCCCACUCGGAGUCCUCGACAAUAGCCAACCGGAAGCGAUGGGGCUGUCAAAAGUGCGUUUCAUUACAAACAUUAUCGCGUUAUAAUCGGCACCACGCAAUUACGGGUCCCCGGUGCACGGUUCUGCGACUCUGCGGAGAAUGAGGGAAAAGUACCGGAAGUGAGGGACGAACCGGAAGGAGAGCCUUCGUCUGGCCUGGAGCCAGGCGGGUGCACUGUUGUUUUAGGGCGAGAGGGACCUUCGGAAAAUUAGCUUCUGCGGGACGCGCAACGCUCAAAACAGUGCUGAGCAGUGACGUCUAAAAAUAUAGAAACAAGCCUCCGGGCUCGAUGAGCAAUCGGGCUUUCUGACUUUUAUCUAAUCGUCGAAAGUGCAAAGCUUUGUGCGAUGGAAACGAGCAGGAAGUUGAGUGGCGCACGGAACGAUAAAAUGGUCGAAAAAAUGUGAUUCCGGACGGAAAAACAAUUGUGUGUUUGGGGAAAAGCUGCGAGCGAGCGGAAGCGAUCGGCUGGAAAGAACCGGAAGUCGAGGACUCCGGGACGGGGUUGAUACAGAAAAAUAAAGAGAAUUUUGCCUCUUCCAUGUGCACUUCGAAGAGUUUUUCAUUGCAGCGGAAAGAAGCGACUAUUGAAAGCGAACAACUUUCAGCGAAAGUGGAGUCGAUGCCUCUCGACCGCUGCGACGGAUCAUAUGCGCCCGAGUGCAUACGAAAUUCACAAUAAAGUGAGAAGCACGCAUGGCCGAAAGUGGCGAGGAGAAGACAGAGGAACGCAGCAGCAGCAGCAGCAGCAGCAGCGGCAAGAGGAAGAGGAAAAAGUUAUCGCGGGUGAUAAGCGGGUUAAACGACAAUGGCCGGUGGAAUGGAGAAUUGUACGGGCGCUUAUUACGUAGCUGCAGUAGACUCGCCGGCUUGGCUCUACUACAAGCACAACAGCAACAACAAUAACAACAACGGGAGCAACGUACCGAAAGGAGGGAGUCUUGCGGAUUACGGAGACGUUCAUCCACCGUCGGCACCAGCAUCGACCACGGAAUACUUGCCAGAUUGGACGGAUCUCGUUCUCGCUGCCUUGUUCUCCGUCCUUAUUGUCGUUACCAUUGUCGGUAACACCCUCGUGAUCGCUGCGGUAAUAACAACGAGGCGACUGCGCUCGGUCACUAAUUGUUUCGUGUCAAGCCUCGCAGCUGCCGAUUUAUUGGUCGGGCUCGCGGUUAUGCCACCUGCUGUGUUGCUCCACAUAAACGGUGGCAUUUGGACCCUCGGUGAAAUACUUUGCGACUCUUGGGUAUCGUUGGACGUUCUACUGUGCACGGCGAGUAUUCUUUCGCUCUGCGCGAUAUCGAUAGACAGGUACCUGGCAGUGACACAGCCGCUGGUCUACAGUCGGCGUCGCCGCAGCAAAAGGCUCGCUGGCCUGAUGAUCGUCGUCGUGUGGAUUCUCGCCGGCAUAAUAACGAGCCCACCCUUGUUGGGCUGUUUUCCACGCGCGACCAAUCGCGAUCGUGAAAAAUGUGGUUACAACAUGGACAGCUCGUACGUUGUCUUCUCCUCGAUGGGCUCUUUUUUCUUGCCGAUGUUAUGCAUGAUUUACGUUUACGCGAGGAUAUCGUGCGUGAUUGCGAGGCGACACAAGAGCCUGCAGGGCUCCGCGGACGCUCAGAACGACUACGGCUCGCAUCGGGGUAAAACCCCGGUCGCGAUAGGACGCGAGAGGUCCAAAAGUUGUUGCACCACCGCUCAAGCGGGGGGAGCCGCGAGCAAACGCUCCGAAGAGCUGUCCAGCGUUUCGGACAUCGGUCCAGGCUCGUCCAGCGAAAAAAUCGCUGAACAGCGAGCUCUUCCCACCGACUCGACCACGACUCCCGCCGCCGCCGGUCCGACCGGGAAAAAAGUCCUACUCGCUGUUCCAUCCAGGAACCAACAACGCGGCAGCCAUCAGAGCUCCAUCAAUCGCGUCACCAGAGAAACCAAAACUGCUGGAACUCUGGCCGUUGUUGUCGGCGGCUUCAUCGCUUGCUGGCUACCAUUCUUCGUCCUUUAUCUUGCCACGCCGUUCAUUCCCGUCGAACCCCCCGACAGCCUCAUGUCCGCGCUCACGUGGCUCGGUUGGAUAAAUUCGGCGAUAAAUCCAUUCAUCUACGCGUUCUAUUCGGCAGACUUUAGGCUGGCAUUUUGGCGUCUGACCUGCCGGAAAUGCUUCAAAAACGUGCCGCAAACGGCCUCAAGCGCUUUAGCCGAUAGGAGGCAAUUUGCCGAGUCGAAACAUUGGAGAAACAGAGAGUCUCACGCGCAGGGAUGAAAGUGCGAUUACUCGGUACCACCGACGGCUGGAAUCAUUGUUAGCGAAUACACCGCUUGAUAAACCAACGAAGUGAUAUUCGAUAUCUACGUAAUCAUCCAGCAGCAUGUGGCAAUUGUAUAAAUAUACACUGAACUACACGCGGAAACGUAAACAAGGUUUCGACGACGCUUACGCGAACUGUUUACGCACAAUAAACUAUAUCAACUCAUCGAAAACGUUUUUUUGCGAAACAAUAUGUUACGUAGUUACUGGAAAUCGAAGUGACUGAGAUAAAUCCAUAAUUAUAAGCUUGUAAAAAUCACUGGUGCGAGGUGGACGUAGCUUGUUUGCUACAUAACCUCGAAAGGGGGGAAAAUGUGGAGUGAUCGGAGCGCCAAUGGUGUCGCGAGGCUGAUAAUUUUUGUAUGCUCUAUAUCGUCUCUGACAACGCCACAUUUCCAAAUUUCUGAGAAGUAGAAGAUGCCCAAGUUCCCUCGAACUUCUUUUAUUUUAAGAGCUUGACUUCGAAUUAUCCUUGAAAAUUAGAUCAAUUUCCUAAUUUCAGUUGUUCGAAUUUAUGCUUCACAAAAAACAAUUUUUUAAACUUUGAUUUACCGUUGGAUUCGAGAUGAUCGAACAAUGGGACUUCGAUAAGUAUAUAUAUGUGGGCACUAUUUUUAAAAGCGCGUUGUUCUCGUCUUGAUUAUCCACCAUUCGAUCGUAAAAACAAGUGGCAAUUCACAGAUGAUUUUUUUUUCUAUAUGACGAAUCGAUAUAAGAACAGGAGCUUUGUCUUUUAAGAAAUAAGUACGUGAUAUACCAAAAUGCAUUUGUAAAAUAUAAUCUUCGAUGCAAUCUAGUCAUAAAAGUCAUUUUUUAAUUUAUCAUUUUUGUCGUGAUAUAUCAUCAUCAAAUGAUAAUCGUCCUUAUAAGUGCGAGGUUAAGAAUUGCAGAAUGUAACUCUGAUUCGCUUGUAUAUUAUUAAUGUCACACUUACGUAUAAACCUUCUGAAUUUUAUGAAUACGUGCUGCGAAAAUGAAAAUGCAUUUUUCCAUACGCUUCAUAUUUCUACCCUGUUUAUUCCUAAUAGUUGUUUGAAUAAAAUGACAACAUUCCUGCACCUUUGAAAAAUAAACGCAUUGUAUAAUCA